CAUGUCCUCACCUGUGCGCGCACUACAGCCAUAGGUUGGACAGAACAGACGCAAGCAUUUUGUCAGUUGUUGGAAACAAUUGGAGCGUCCGUGUGCAAAACCGAUUGCUCUAGUUUGUACAGAACAAUUAUUGUAGCGUUUCAGCAAAAUAUCGCUAGUCUCCUCCUGUGGCACACUUUGCGGAUAUGGUUUACCUGGAUUUUCAGUCCAGGUUCUGAAAAUAAACUUGAGAGGAACGCAGUGGAAACCCUUCAAAUGGAAAGCAGAUAAGGAAGACUUAUCUAUCAAAUCGGGACCUAAAACUUUUUUUCCAAAAGGGAGUAAGUCCAGUGUGAGGUGGGAUGUCUAGCCGUGAAUCUGUGGGGGACCUGAUCCCCCAGGACCUGGCGGAGGUAUUUGCCCAUGAGAGGCUCACCAAAGGGGGCCGAAGGAAGAAACGUCGGGGCUCCCUGGGCCGGGCAUUCGGCUGGCUCAAAGGGAAGAAGAAGAAGGACGUCAAUGCCAAUGGACAGAGCCAGGACUUUAAUCCAGGCCGGCCGAUGACGGGCAAAACCUUCACACAGGGCCACAGCCAUGCAGCCCCAAAGCAUGAGGAUGGGACUCGCGUCCCUCCACACUUCCAGGAGAAUGUGUUCAUCGAAGGCAGCCGGCCUAAGUACCUGGAGGACCUGCACACUGAGGCCCUAGAGGGACUCAAACUGCAGCAGCAGGAAGAAACCAAUAAUUGGGUGGAUUACCAGGAUGACCAAAGCGUCACAUCGACAGUGACCCGGCUGCCAGACGACACUGAGAGUGACAGUGAGAGGAGAGGCUAUCUGUCAGACAGCACCAUACCAGACACAGCGUCACAGGUCUCAACACGCUCCACUGUCUCCACACGGUCCUCACGGUCAGGACUGACCCGCCAAGCAUCAACCUUCAGGCCCCUGAAGCCAGAGAAGGCCAAGGCCAGGAGGAGACACAGGAGAACCACAGUUAUGGGGAUACCACAUCACGUCCAGAGGGAACUGGGGUUGGACAGAGCCUCAUGGGCAGGUCGUCAGGUUAUAGAUGAGGGUGGGCUCCCUAACGGUGAGAGUCUGGACUUCUCCACCAUCGAUGGGCCUCACCUGGCUGGUUCCCAGGAGGGGGUGAGGAAGUACCUCCAGUCCGUAGAAGGCCUGCAACCUGUCUGUGAGGACCAGAUCCAGAAGGUCCCCUCCCGGGCCAGACACAGGGACGACCUGGCUCUCCUCCAGCACAUGGGCCCCCAGCUGUCCGACCUGAAUCGGCCCAAGUCCCUGGCUGUCCCCUGGAUGACCACAACCUCUAGCCUGCUUCAGCUGCACCCCAGCCCUGUCAUGUCCAUGUCCCCCCAGGCCACCUACAUGUCUAAGAUCAUCCCAAACGCUGUGCUGCUACCCUCCAUAGACGUGGUGGAGAUCACCCGGAACCGUAGUCGGAGCAGCGUUCGUACGGUCAGUAAGAGCAGCCUGCUGCUGGCCAGCCCUGCCUCCUCCCGCGCCUCCUCCCGCGCCUCCUCCCGCGCCUCCUCCCAUGCCUCUACCAUGUCCUCCGCCUCCCGCUACAACCCACCACACUUCUCUGACAGCUCUGGAUGGAGCCACUCUGAGUCCUCUGAGACCCUGGUGUCUGACUCUUCCACAAUCUCCUCCAACAGCACCACCAGACAGGGAGGCUCACAGGGGGGGGAUGGGGAGGGUUCAUCCAGGGAGAUGACCCUGGACAACAAGAGUAUCCACUCCUCUGUCAGUAAGUCCUCCAGGACCUCCGCCACCAAAGGGAAAGCCAGAGGGAAUGAUGGCAAACAGGAGGGGCCCUUCGCCCGGAGCAUGUCUGUGAUAAAGUCCAAGAGGGCACCGGCCCCACCCAGCCGCUCCUACUCCCUACACAAGGACAACAUGAAGAGGCACUCGCGAGACCUGAUUAACAGCAUGGUUACUGCCCCUCCCCAAAGCAGCCCAUUCCAGGGAGGGGAGGUUAAGGCUUUCAGUGCUGGGGAAAGUAACAACAGUAGCCCUGGCUACACAGCAGACACCAGCUCUCUCGAUGAGUCUUCAGGCUCUGUGACAGCCAGCCCCUUCAACACCCCACAGCAGGCAGCCAGGGAGAAGGUGAGGAACGAUCAGCCAGGCUCCACAGGCUCCUCUCCCCAGAAACAGACCCCCCAGGAAAAUGGCCUGAAGAAUGUCUCUCCCUCCAGCGGCUACUCCAGCCACGGUGGCACGCCCACCCUCCUUUCCAAACAGACCCUUAACCCAUCUCCAGGGAAAAAAAGAGGCAUCCGAGCAAUCAUCUUCCCAAUGGCACCAUCGCCGGCAGCUUCAGCCCCAUCACUUGUCAUUCAGCCCCAGGCCUCUGACAGCAGCAAGACGCCUGAGCCAGUCGACACUGUAACUCCCUCACCUUCAGUCAUGUCACUCAGAGAGCCGUUCAACAUCCCGCCCCCACCCAAGGUGUCUGCCCCCUCUCCUCCUCCCCCGGAGGUAUGGGCACACAACAAGCGCACCUUUGAACUGCUACUAGGUCCCCCGGCCCCCAACAUCACAGAUACGGUGGUGCGAAAGAACCCAAAGGAUCGACGACAGCAGAGGCAGUCGCCUUCCACAUCAAGAGAGGGUUAUGUUAAGAACGUGUCACCUGAGAGGAGAGAUGAGGCAGGAGGUGUGCUGGAGGGGGACACUGAGCCUCGAGCUAAAGAGCAGACAGGUCCAGCAGACCAGGAAAGGGUACUGUCUUCCAUUGUGGAGACUAGUAAUCCAGCAACACAUACGUUUGAGUCAGGAAAAGGUCAGGAGAGUGAAGUAGCACAGAAGGUUGAAGAGAGGGCCCAAGGAAGUCAGUUGGGAGUUAAAGAGAAGGUGCAGGGAAGUCAGUUGGUGGUUGAAGAGAAGGUGCAGGGAAGUCAGUUGGUGGUUGAAGAGAAAGUGCAGGGAUGUCAGUUGGUGGUUGAAGAGAAGGUGCAGGGAAGUCAGUUGGUGGUUGAAGAGAAGGUGCAGGGAAGUCAGUUGGUGGUUGAACCAGAGAGGGUCAUUGUAAAUCAGUUGAUAGGUAAACUAGAGAAGGUCCAGACAAGUAAUUUGGUAAAUGGAAAAUCAGUGAACGCCGCAGUAGCUCCAGUAAAGGGCCUAGGAAAAGUAAAGACUGAAUUCCAACCUAAAAUGGAUACGUCUUUGGUAAGCCCUGCUCUAGCACACAUCUCCCCAUCUCCGUCUCCUCCCCCAGCACACUAUCCUCCCCUUCCCCCUUCCAAACAGACCCCACCUGUGGCCCCCUCAGACUCUAUGCCUGCUCCAGAGCCGCCACUAAUCUCCACCACUGGGGAAUCCUCCUGGCCCCCUCCGCCUUCUCCCAUGGACUUGGCCACCCUUGGCAAUGAGCUUGACCUGCCCAUUCCCCCACCACCAAGGGUAGUUAUGACAGAACUUGUGCCCCCUGUUUCAUCUGUACUACAGGGUAUCCCACCUCCACCCCAGGGUAUCCCACCUCCACCUCCCCAAGAAGCCCCACCUCCACCAAAAGCUAAAUUUGGUCCUCCCUCCUACAUCCCUCCACCUCCCCAAAGUAUUCCACCCCCACCUCCACUGGAAAACAUACCGCAGCAUAGUCCAGUGACCACAGAGGGACAGAACCAAGAGAAGUCCCUCAGCAAGAGCUCUUUCUCUCCCACUCCCCCAGAGGAGAGCUCCACUCCCGUGGUAACCACCACUCUUCUGCAGACGGUCAAGCUGAGGUCUGUCAAUAAUGGUGAUCAGGAAAAGGACCAGGGACAGGACUGGGCAGGGGUCAUUUUGAGGGCCAAAAAACCCAGUAACGGUGAGGCUCCCCAGAAGCCUAUUCGAAGGUCUCUGUUCAUGACAUCUCCCUCUCCUACUGUCACAUCCCCAACUACGACUGCUAUCUCACAAUCUCCCAUAGCCCAACCUCCAGAGGCAGCCCCAGCCACAGAGGACACCCCACAGGCAGACCCAGAGCCUGCCACAUUCCCAGAGGCAACCUCAGCCACAGAGGUAGCCACAGCCUCAGUUCCAGAGGGAGCCACAACCCCAGAAACAUCCCCAGAGGCAGCUGCAGAAACGCCUCCAGCCACAGUCCCAGCUGAGGCCCUAGAGGUAGCCACAGCCUUAGCUGAAGCCCCAGCCAAGCCCCAGCCCAGCAUACUUAAUUUACCCUUAAAGUCAUCCAUUGUCACCUCUCCUACGAGGAAGUCACCACCUGCCUCAGCCACCACCCCCUCCAUGAGGAUGCAGGAGGCCAUCCGCUUGAGGACAGCAUCCAGAAGUAAAGAGGGGCCUCCCUCUCGUCUCAGUCUGCACUCUCCAACAAGUCUUAAGUCUCCCUCCUCCACUGCCAGUUUCAUCUUUGCCAAGAGCACAAAGAAAAUUGUCAUAGAGACCCCCUCAUCCCCUGAGGCCCAGGCCAAUCUCACAAAGAACCUGAUAGCUGAGCUUUCAUCUAUGUCCAAUCCAGCCAAGUCCAUAGAAACACAGAAGGUGGUGGUCAAGGUGCCUCCACCUGUGUCAAGGAAACCCAAGCCUAAGGUCAAAGAUACAGAGCCCAGUGUAGAGACUGAGCAUGUGCAAACUGCGGGUCAGGAAGCAUAGCCAGCAGACAGCACUGAGGGUGCCCCAGAGGCUCCAAGCGGGACAGCAGUGCCACCAUUAUCCUCCAUAUGAGCAACACUGCCACUAAGCAAGGAUUAAUCAUUCACGAAGACAGACUUUUAUCUGUACAUUGAGAAGACACCAUAUGUCAAGCGCAAUAUGCAAGAGGGAGAGAGGUGGAUAAAAAAAAGAAGUGAGCGGAUGAUGCAAUCAGAGCCUUCUGAAGACAGGGCAACUGGACAUAACUACAUGUAACCCUCUCACAUAAGAGCUCUUAGUUUGAAAUCCUUUGAGUGCAUGUUAAUGGUGUUGGCCUUUAAUUUUUCUAAUACUAUUGUUGUAUUUUGGAGCAUUUUUCUUUAGCAGAGGGACUUCUUACUGGUCUGAUUUAAUAAUGGAGAGUCAGUCAGUGCAUGCUGGUCUAGGUUGCCCUCUAGUGUCAACUAUGAUAAUGUCACAGCUACUGCUGUUGGGUACUGCAAACACUUGUCUGGAUUAUAUACCACAAUGUUGGAUUUUUGAUAUAUUUGUUAUAAGAUAAUGCACAAUUAGAAUGUGUUGAGUUCUUAUUUCAUCCAUGUUUGUUGUAAUAAAAUAAUUGACCUAAAUUAUUUGUCCUGUAGACGUCUUCCCAUUAGAUUUUGUGGGAAAUAUGAUGUUAUUUUAUGUUUUCUAUGUCAAUAUGUGGCAAACUUUCCUGAUGUCGUCAUAUUUCCUUUUCUCCUACUGAAAUGCUAUAAUCAGAGCUGGGUGACACCACUAGUUCUAGAAUGAGAAUCAUAUUCAUGAUGAGAAUCCCAAUUUUCAUGGUCAUGUUUUUUUUCUUUUGUUGGUAUGAAUGUACAGACUUUUACAGGAACCUCACCCUGCGUGUAAAUCAGAUCUCACAGGUUUAAUCUGAAGCACAGUUUAUGGAUUUAACUGGUCAUUUAAAAAGACUAUUGGGGCAAAUCUUUGUCUUGCUUUUAGUUAUGUCCUGCACAUUUUGAUACAUUUCCUUUCAACCAGAUGGGAGCUAUAUUAUACAUUGCAUUUAUGUUACUAAUUUGUACAGAAUUUGGGAUAUUUCUCAACAAUGAAACAUCUGCUUUGAAAGUACAAAUUAUUCAGUGAUUUCAAUGAUUGUAGAAAAGUAAUCUGACAAAUGAUUAUGUAUAGUUUCAUUUAUUUCAAGGUAACAGAAUAAAUGUAUAUCUUCUCAAUGAA